ACAGCGAACACGAAGGAAAAUUAUCAUGUCCCAAAACGAAAAUUUAGAAACUUUUAGCGAUWWCGAUGAAUCAUGUGAUGAGUCAGAUACUUCAGAGUCCUCAGGCUCAUCAACUAGCACAGAGAGUGCGGAUUCCAAUCAAGAAAACAUGCYAGUAGAAGAGCCAUACCAAGACGAACCKCUAGCAAGUGAGAGCGAAGAAGAUGAAGAUGGAGACGAGGAUUUAGAUGUAGAUGGGCUUCGUCCUUCCACCUUAGAGGCUCGAUUUGAAGACCAGUCAACAGUGAAUGAGUGGUGUAAAUGCCAAUGCUGUCAUACCGAAUCUCUCGAGGACGCUAUGGAGUAUAGAUGCUGCCACGAAAUAACAAAUGCUAUCGGAAAAAUGGUUUUUGAUGGAUCAAUCGAACAUUUUAAGUGCAUCACACAACAUGAAGAUUUUUCAGCUUUGAUAAACAAGACAGUGUUGAUGCAAGUUGCGCCAUUACUACGUUAUCGCCGACAAACCGGUUCCACGCAAAACGAAUUUCUCAGAGCAGUUGCCUAUCGCUGGGUUAUACGCUGGAUUUGCGGAUAUAUGGGUUGGGAUAAUCGAAGACCAUUGUGUGCCUGCAUAUACAGUGCUAUUAGAAACAAAUACCCUUCAAACCAAAGGAGAGGAUAUMGAUCAAAUGAAAAUGAAAAUGACGAACAAUGACUAAACCUUUGGCUUCAAGAUACAAAGAUUUUUUGUUUUUUAUUUAAUUGCUAGAG